AUGACAUCCCUCCACCCCUUUGACCCGAUCACCCCAAGCGAGAUCACCCUCGCCACCAAAAUCCUGCAGGCCGCCUUCCCGGGGGUAUCGUUGCGAUACAAGAAGAUCGAUAUCUUCGAGCCCAUCAAGGCAGAGGUUGUUCCAUACAUUGAGGCCGAACGCCUGGGGAAGCCUUUACCUGCGAAGCCGACGCGGUUGCUCCAGGUUCUCUUCCACCGCUUGGAUUCGGGCGCGUUCUUCAAGGGGUUGCUUAAUGCUGAUGCGAAGAGUGUGGUUUAUGUCAAGGAGUUACCGAAGGAGAUUCAGGGCCCCGUCGACACAGACGAGCUCCUCGCCAUCGAGGCCCUCUGCCUCUCGCACCCAGCAGUGCAGGCCGAGAUCUCCAAGCUCCAACUCCCGCAGGGCGUAACCGUCUGCAACGACCCCUGGAUCUACGGCACAGACGACUCAGCCGAGACGCGCCGCCUUUUCCAAUGCUACAUGUACAUAGUGGCAACGGACCACCCGCAAAAUAACCACUACUCAGUCCCCUGCAAAUUCUCCCCCGUCUUCGAUGGAUUAACUCACGAACUCGUCCGGAUGGACUACUUACCCACCACGGCUGAUGCAUCAGUUGAGUCUGAGACGCAGCCGUGGAAGCCCGUUGAGACGAUCCAGUACGCGCAUGAUCUGCUCACUGAGUCGUUGAGAAAUGAUCUGAAGCCGUAUAUCGUGCAGCAGCCGCAGGGGCCGUCGUUUGAUGUCCGCGGGAACGAGGUGGCCUGGCAGAAGUGGAGGUUCCGCGUUGGAUUCAAUAGUCGCGAGGGGCUUGUUAUUCAUAAUUUGACCUAUGAUGGAAGAAGUGUGUUUUAUCGACUGUCGGUUUCCGAGAUGACGGUUCCUUAUGGUGACCCCCGCGCACCCUUCCACCGCAAACAAGCCUUCGACGUCGGCGACGUCGGCUUCGGAAUAACCGCAAACCAACUCUCCCUCGGCUGCGACUGCCUGGGCCACAUCAAAUACUUCGACGGGUACCGCUGCGACAGCAAAGGGAACCCCGUUCUCCUCCAAAACGUCAUCUGCCUGCACGAGCAGGACAACGGCCUCCAGCACAAACACACAAAUUACCGCUCGGGUGCGGCGACCGUCGUGCGGAACAGACAGCUCGUUGUGCAGAUGAUUUGCACGGUCAGCAACUACGAGUAUAUCUUUGCGUUUAUCUUCGACCAGGCGGCGAAUAUUGAGCUUGAGGUGCGGGCGACGGGGAUUCUGAGUACGGUUCCGUUUGAUAAUGAGAAGUUUGGGACGACUGUGCCGUGGGGCACGAACGUCGGACCGGGGGUUAUGGCGCCGUUUCAUCAGCAUAUGUUUUCGUUCCGGAUGGAUCCGGCGAUUGAUGGGCAUAGGAAUACGGUGUUUUACCAGGAUAGCGUGCCCCUGCCGGAGGAUGAGAAGAACCCGUAUCUUGUUGGGUAUACGACGGAGGAAACGGUUCUCAAGACCAGUGGUACGGCGGAGACGAGCGUUGAGAGGCAUCGCGUGUUCAAAAUCAGGAACGAUGCGCAUAUCAAUCCGAUAACAUACAAGCCGGUCGCUUACAAGCUCAUGGCCUCGCCAAGUCAGAUGCUGCUUGCGUCGCCAAAGUCGUUUGGUCAUAAGCGCGCUGUGUUUGCGACGAAGCCGAUCUGGGUGACCAAAUAUCGGGAUGAUGAGUUGUUUGCUGGUGGCGAGUUUACGAAUCAGAGCAAGGGAAGUGUUGGGGUUGAGAAGUGGGUUGCGAGGAAUGAGAACGUGGAGAACGAGGAUGUUGUUCUCUGGCAUACCUUCGGUCUCACGCACAACCCGCGUAUUGAAGAUUUCCCGGUCAUGCCCGUUGAGCGAGUGAGUGUCAUGCUGAAGCCGGAUGGCUUCUUCACGAAGAACCCAGCACUGGAUGUUCCCCCAUCGACACAAGCGUUCAACAAAUCGACGCUGCAUCCAGAGGCCUCGGCGUGCUGCUCAGGGGUGAAGUUGUAG